AUGCUUACUAGCGUCGUACUCGCCGCGCUUGCUGCGGGCGCCGCCCAGGCGCUUCCCUCCCCUCCCGCUCCGACUCCGCUCACGAAGCUCGAGCUGCACAAGCGCUUUGUCGAUGAGCGUUUCCCGUACAAGGGUCCUGCCGUUCCCGUUGGUGACUGGCUCGACCAGACUCCCCAGGGCAACGGGAAGGGCUAUCAGCGCCUGUACAAGGACCCGGCCGUCCUCCCUGCGCCCAACGUCUCGGUCCUCUCGAUCAAGAACAACAUCAACGUCAUCUCGACGUCUCUCCUCCCGGGGGGAAUCAACGUCCACUUCCAGACGCCGUUCGGUAUCGGCGCCAGUCCCGUCGUUCGCUGGGGCUACGACCAGAACUCGCUCUCGAACAACGCGACGGGCAACACGACGACCUACGACCGCACGCCGCCUUGCUCGAUGAUGCUUGCGACGCAGUGCAGCCAGUUCUUCCACAACGUCGCCAUCCCUAACAUCAAGCCCGGCUCGACGGUCUACUACCAGAUUCCCGGCGGAAACGGCACUCGCCCAUCCGACGUCCUCACCGUCAAGACCGCGCCCGCCCCCGGACAGGACGGGGAGUUCGAAACCUUGAUCGUGAACGACUUCGGAUACACGAAUGCGCACGGGACGCACCAGUACAUGCUCGAGCACGCCCAGAACGGUGCGGCCUUUGCCUGGCACGGCGGCGACAUUAGUUACGCUGACAACUGGUACGAGGGCAUCCUGGCUUGCGAGCCCAGCUGGGACGUCUGCGUCGACGGCGUCAACACGACGCUUCCCGGCACGGCGCCCGUCCCUGAAGAGUACCUCUCGCCCCUCCCCGCUGGCGAGCCCGCGAACCAGGGCGGUCCUCUCGGCGGCGACAUCUCGCAGGUCUACGAGAGCAACUGGGAUCUCUGGCAACAAUGGGUGUCGCAGAUCACGAAGCUCAUCCCCUACCAGACGACCCCGGGCAACCACGAAGCCGCUUGCGCCGAGUUCGACGGCUCGAACCACGAGCUUACCGCCAUGCUCGUUCACAAUGACACGUCCUUCAACGCUACCUCGCCGACCGCCAACCUCACCUACUACGCCUGCCCGCCGUCACAGCGCAACUUCACCGCGUACAACCACCGCUUCUUCAUGAACGGUGAGGCGACUGGUGGACGAGGCAACCACUGGGGAUCGUUCAAGUGGGGACUCGCGACCUUCAUCUCUUUCAGCGGCGAGACCGACUUCUACCAGUCCCCGGAGGACUCCUUCCUCGACGUUACGAAGGGCAACGCCUCGAUCCUCCCGAACGAGACUGCGACCUUUGCGACCAACAGCGGUCCCUUCGGCGAGCUCUACGGCAACUACACCGACAACAUGAACUACGAGCAAGUACGCUGGAUCAAGAACGAGCUCAGCAAGGUGAACCGCACGGAGACCCCCUGGGUCUUUGCGAUGAGCCACCGUCCGAUGUACUCGUCCGAGGUCUCGUCGUACCAGGCGCACAUGCGUAAAGCCUUCCAGCAGAUCCUGAUUGACGGGGGCGUCGACGCGUACUUCUCGGGACACAUCCACUGGUACGAGCGCAUGUGGCCUCUCACCGUUAACGGCACGGUCGACUCGGCUGCGAUUAAGUCCAACCACACCUACGUUGCCUCGAAGAACUCUCUCAUUCAUUUGAUCGAGGGCAACGCCGGCAAUGUCGAGAGCCACUCGACGCUUGGAAAGGCGCCCCUCCUCAACACGACCGCCGUCCUUGACCAAGACAACUACGGUUUCGGCUCGCUGCGCGUCCACAACCGCACGACCGCCACCUACACGUUCAUCAAGGGCUCGGACGGUUCGGCGGGCGACUACGUGACUAUCGUCAAGCCGUCGCAGGAUUCGCAGGGCUCGCAAGGCUCGCAGAACUCGCAGGGCUAG